AUGUCUGACAGGGAUGAUCAGAAAAGAGAAUUAGAAAACACCUGGGAUAAUCUGGAAAGUCAAAAUAGUAAGAGGCAGAAAUUACUAUCUUCCCCUCCACCAUCUUCACCUCCACUAGCCCAAUACUCAGAGUCUGAAUCACCACCCUUCACGCCAAUUUUUAAUGGCAUCCGUAAUAGUUCAGCAGACAUAAAUGAUGAUUCACAUUUAACUGAAGACGGCACAACAUCUGGAGAAGUUGAGGAAACUAUUGAUUUAAAGAAUAAUUUGAUUUUGUCCCCAAGCCACGAACCUGAAAAUGCAUCCAAGUCGCCUCAAAAGGCAUCUAGUGGUUCAUCAGAUACUUCAGAAUAUCCCUCUGAUGCUGAAAGAGGAGUGUCCAUAGUAGACGAUAAGGAUCAAUUGGACGAAUCAGAAGAAUCAGGGAAGUCGGUGAAGUCAGAGCAAUCAGAUAGCUCUGUGAUGUUGGGAGAACCAGGCGAAACAGACGAGUCAGACAAGUCUGAUGAAUCUAGCGAAUCUGAUGAAACCGAUUCAUCUGGUGAAUCUGAUGGGAAAUCGCCAGAGAGAAAGAAAUCACAGUUGGAGUACAUUGAUUUUUGCAAACUUUAUAAGAAUCCUACAAUAUACAGUUCGGCAAAUUUGGAAGUUCUCUCCGCUGGGAAACUAGAGUUCGAAAGAGGGACACACAUUGAGGGAGAUAGCAUGUAUGUUAAUAAUUCAGAAGUGCCCAAGCUCCGGCCAGAAUUCAAAGAAAUGAACAGAUUCAAAGAACCAACAGGAAUAAAUCAAGUAUAUUACAAGCCUCCCGAUGAAAUACUAACAGACAAAUAUGGAUUUGAGCCUAAUGAGUUAGUGUAUCUCAGCAGGGAAGAUAUUCAACGUCAUACCAAAGUUGAGUUACCAGGAGAAGAGAUUGCAAAUGCAAUCCACUACUACGUUGCUGAAAGAAUAAGAACAUCUUUGGGGAUAUCCGACGAAGAAUACAAUGCCAAUUAUGCUAAAAUAUUUGACGGAUCAGCGUUAUUGGCAUUGAGUGCUUUGGUUACAAAGUGGGUUGAAGAUAGCUGCGGCGAUUCAACCUUUAAAUCAUACAUGGAGAAGGUAAAAACUAAAAAGAUGAGUAGCAUAGAGAGGUUUAUUCGUGUUCAUGAUGAUAGUGCCAGCAGUGAAAGUUCUGACGAAGAAAUCAAGCACUCCACAAGAGGAGAUGAGAAGAAUAGGCCAUUCUCAAAACACGCUGAGCAGUCGAGAAGGCAAAAUUUCAGGGCAUCUUCAACAAACAGUGGCAGUGAAACAGAAGAAGAGAUUCGACCUGUCAAUAUAGGAACAAAAAAUGGUAAUGUAUAUUAG